AUGACCGUGACUUUUGUUCCAUUUCCUCCUUCGCCUGAUGGAUCGGAGGAUGAUAAUUCAUCUUCGGAUUUCUUCAAGGCUCGGCCCAGUGCCCAUUCUGCCUCCAACCAUGGGCUAGCAACCCCUCCUCGUGAAGCUCAGCUGGUCGAUCUUCGUUCUUGCCCGCCCCAACUAUCAGGCCCUGCAGUUGCGCAACCGAAGACGUUGGCAUCGGUCGUUGCAGUGAUCGGUGUAGGCUACGUGGGCUAUCAACUUGUCAUGGCUUUUGCAAAAGCUUACUCGGUCAUUGCCUAUGAUGUGGAUCAAGGCCGUCUCAACCAAGUGAGCAAGACGGAAACAAAUCCUAACAUCUGCUAUACUAGCAACCCGAAGGCUAUAGCCGAUGCAACCCACUUCCUCGUCUCUGUUCCCACCCGGCUGCACCACGACAACACCGUCGACACUCAACACCUCGAGAGCGCCAUCUCACUGGUGGCCAAAUAUGCAAGACCGGGCUCGACGGUGAUCAUCGAGAGCUCGGUUGCGGUGGGCAUGACCCGCCAGUUGAUUCGAGAGGUCAUGCGCACUAAAGGCCUCAAGGCGGGCAUGUCCCCCGAGCGCGUCGAUCCCGGUCGAGUCAAGCCUGCCUUCGAAACUAUCCCCAAGAUCAUCUCCGGUCUUGACGACAUCGUGCCGGGCUCUCUAGCCAGCAUUCAUGAGCUCUACCAAGAGAUCUUCGAACACCUGGUGGUUGUGUCUUCCCCAGAGGUCGCUGAGAUGACUAAAUUAUACGAGAACUGCCAGCGAAUGGUCUGUAUCGCCCAUGCGAACGAAAUGGCGGAUGCCUGCCACAUGAUCGGGAUCAAUGCCCUCGAGGUUUCCACCGCAGCGGCCACCAAGCCAUUCGGGUACCAGCCAUACUCGCCGGGCCUUGGUGUCGGCGGCCACUGCAUCCCCGUCAACCCUUACUAUCUCCUCACGAACUCAGAAUUCCCGCUGCUCCAAGCCGCGACAGAGAAGAUGGCGGCUCGACCGUCGCGAAUGGGUGACCGUGUAAUGCGAAAAUACCUGAAGCAAUAUCAAUCUCAAUCCGCCCAGCGAUCGGAUCGGACCCGGGUGCUGGUGGUAGGGGUGGGCUUCAAGCGUGGACAGUCUGUCCUGAGUAACUCUCCCGCACUGUCCCUCGUGCGUCACUUGCUUUCUGAGUGGGAUGCCUAUGUUGCGUUCGCGGACCCUUUGGUGUCGGCCGAGGCUGUACCGUUCUGUCCCCGGUUAGAUGAAAAGACUCAAUGGAGUAAGCAGAGCUUGGAAGAGUUCGAUGUCGUUAUUGUUGCAGUGGACCAGGUGGGGUUGGAUCUGGCGGUUUUGGACAGACUUGAAGGUGUAUUGGUUGAGAGUUUUGUGAAGUGUUGCUGA